CCAGGGCGGGGCCACCAGUCGCGCAGGCGCAGUCGCCGCCCCCCCGCCCCGGCAGCCUGUGUCCGAGAGCGAGUAGCCACCGAUGUCUCGCAAGCAGGCGGCGAAGGCUCGGCCGGGGAAGGCGGAGACGGAACGCAAGCGGGAUGAGCGGGCGGCGCGGAGGGCUCUGGCCCGCGAGAGGCGGAACCGGCCUCAGGCGGAAGGCGAAGGAGUCGGGGCCGGCGGCGGGGGCCUGGCCGCUCAGCUGCAAGCGCUCGGACUGCGCCUCAGGGAGGUGCCGGGCGACGGCAACUGUUUGUUCCGGGCUCUUGGGGACCAGCUUGAAGGACACUCUCGGAACCACCUGAAGCACCGCCAGGAAACAGUGGAUUACAUGAUAAAGCAGCGAGAAGACUUUGAACCUUUCGUGGAAGAUGACAUUCCCUUUGAGAAACACGUUGCCAAUUUGGCUCAGCCUGGCACUUUCGCUGGCAAUGAUGCUAUUGUAGCCUUUGCGAGGAACAAUCAAGUGAACGUGGUUAUCCACCAGCUGAAUGCCCCUCUGUGGCAGAUUCGAGGAACAGACAGGAGCAAUGCCCAGGAGCUGCACAUUGCCUACCGGUACGGAGAGCACUAUGACAGCGUUCGAAAAAUCAACGAUAACUCAGAGACUCCUGCCCGAUUACAGACAGAGAUGCUGUGCAAAAAUGAAUCAAACAAAAAAGAAAAUCUCCAACUAAGUAAGGAGGAGGAGGAAUCCGAAGAGGAGAUACGAGAUGAAAUCGAGGAUGCGGUGCAGAAAGUUCGGAAUGCAACCGGCUGUUUGGAUGCUGAUUUAAUUGUCCAGGUUCUUGAGUCAGAGAACUACAGUAUCGAGUCUGCAAUUUUUGCCAUUCUUCAAAUGAACGAGGUGAAGAGGCUGCAUGAGGAAGAAGUGCAGGAAGCUCAGGCAAACCGACAGAAGUCGCAUCCCCAGUCGACCCUCUGGGAGGAGAAUGGAAGCGGCACCCGAAUUUUUGGAACUCAGGGCAUAGAAAACAACAAGGCCCCAACAAGCCUUGCGGAAGGAAACCAAAGCAGUAAAAAGCAGGCUCCCAAGGUGUCCAAUAAGCAAAAGAAGGAGCAGCAACGGCUGGAAAAGAAACGCCGCCAGGAAGACCGACACCGGCAAAAAGUUCUGGCCGGCAAGAACAACAACGCUGACAAUAACAAGAGCAGGGUGGACCCUGAGACACAGGUCACCCUGGUGAAGACCGUGGCGGCUCUGAACAUCUGAUUGCCUGUGGACCUGCGGGGAAGAUGGAACUGACGUCCCUGUGCUUGACGAAGCAAACCACCUGCUUAAGAGCAAAUGCCUCACUUUCUGGUCUGGUUUCCAGGCAGUGGUUGCUGAGUUGUUUGAUUCAGGUGAAGUGGAUCUUUGGCCUUGUUCGAAAAUGGCAAUACGUGACCAGAGGGGACCAGUUAACCCUCACUGGAGGGCGAACUGCUGGGCCCUAUGAACAGAAUCCCUCUUGCGGGUCUCAUCACCGCAGACCUCAUGGAGCUUUCCCCAUAGUUGCUUCCAGGGUUGUUCUUUGUAAAUUAAUUUAAACGGUUCUCUACGAGUGUCAGGUUUUCCCAACUCAGGAAUGUGUCCUCCUCCUUGGCAAAGUAAAUAGAAAGUUCUUCCCAAGUUGUAUUCCAAAGCAAAAGUCUGCCAAAGGCUGUAUUGAAAAUGAGUCUUUUUUGGGAUGGUUUUAUUCUUUCUUUCUUUCUUUCUUUCUUUCUUUUUGCUCAAUUGUAACUUUACAAAGAGAAAUGCCAAGCAGAGCUUAUGGAACUGGUGCCCGCCUGUUGGGGGAGGGGGAGGCAGCACAGAUGAUUCUCCGCAAACAGGAAGUUAUCCUACAUCACCAGUCUGCACUUGACGGGGUUGUGUACCUGUGCUGCAGAAAAAGCAGGGGAGGGCAUCUUCUCUUUGUCUUAGCAAACCUGGAUUGUUCCCAGUCUUAAUUAAAAGGAGGUCAGGUGGCAUUUCUGCCAUCAGUGCUGCUUGAAUGUGAUGCCCCGAAGAAGCUUAGCAAAUGAUUCACUUCUCAUGUGCUCUCAAACUGAGGCUAUGGUUUGGCCUGAGUUCUCCGAUAGUUCUACCACUCUGAGAACCGGGCCUGUUGCUCAACCCUUCUUCGUAAUUUUUAAAGAAGCACUCAUUGAUGAUCGACACAGGAAGGAGUUAAGUAGCACCGAUCCAGGUUUUUGGCAGUUACAGGUUUCACAGAUAUAAAAUGCACUAACCAAGGCAGGUAACAGUGCCAUAUCUUUGCAGUCAUCUCAAUAAACGUGUCCUCAUUGAGGCUUGCGAUCAACUCA